AGAAUGAGCUGGUACAUUUCCGUUCCCUUUCAACAAUCUAUUUCUUCGCGUUAAUAAAUACGUCGUGGCGAAAACAUUUGAAGCAUAUGAAAAGUGAUGUAUUUCGCUUGUUUUUUAAAAUAUAUUUUUUAGCUUUUAUCAGAACAACUAUCUGUUAAUACAGGACGGGGGGAUUCAGCUGUCACUUCAAGCCCUUCUCACUGGAGAGCGAAGCAAAUAGCCAACAGGGCAGCACAAUAAUUAAGGGCAAUGAGGAAAUGGGCCACUGAGUCGUAAUGGACCCUUUAGACAGCUCCGAAUCGCGUCUUGUUGAGUCGGCGAAUGCGGCAGAGAAUACAGAAUCGAGUUUGCCAUGGGCCCGUUUCUCGUCGUGGCUGGAGUGUGUCUGCGUCGUUACCUUCGACCUCGAGCUCGGCCAAGCCAUAGAGCUUGUGUACCCACACGAUGUGAAACUAACUGAGAAGGAGAAAACUAGCAUUUGCUACCUGUCCUUCCCUGACUCUUACUCAGGAUGCCUUGGAGACACCCAGUUCAGCUUCAGACUGCGUCAGUCUGUGGGCCGCAGGGGCUCCUGGUUCGGAGAGGAGGACGCCUACAGCAGAGACGCACCUGUCACACUACAGCGAGAGCUGGCCCAUUUCUAUGGCUAUGUCUACUUCAGACAAGUCAAGGACGCCUCUGUCAAAAGAGGCUACUUUCAGAAGUCUCUUGUACUGGUGUCCAGACUACCGUAUGUCCACCUCUUUCAGUCCCUGCUGCAGAUCAUAGCUCCAGAGUAUUUUGAGAAGUUGGAGCCUUGCCUUGAAGCAGUGUGCAACGAGAUUGACCAAUGGCAAUCUCCGGUGCCAGGGUUGACACUCAACCUGCCUGUGAUGGGCGUGGUCAUGCAGGUCAGGAUCCCAUCCAAAAACGACAAACCAGGGGGAAGCCCGGAGAAACAGGCACAAAAGGAGAAUCUUCUACCAGCCCCUAUGAUGCUACCGACCAUACAUGAGCUUGACCUGUUCAAGUGUUUCCAGUCCUUCCUGAUCCACCUGCAGAUGCUCUGGGAACUCAUGCUGCUCGGGGAGCCUGUGGUCGUCAUGGCACCCUCUCCCACUGUCUCCUCGGAAACCGUGCUGGCCCUAGUGAGCUCGAUUGCGCCACUGCGGUAUUGCUGUGAUUACAGGCCCUACUUCACUAUACACGACACUGAGUUUAAAGAGUAUACCACUAGGACACAGGCACCUCCCAAUGUGAUUCUGGGGGUCACUAAUCCCUUCUUCAUAAAGACCUUCCAGUCCUGGCCCCACAUUAUACGCCUUGGAGAACUCAAGAUGUCAGGUGAUCUGCCCAAGCAGGUAAAGGUGAAGAAACUAGCCAAGCUGAAAACACUGGACACUAAACCAGGUAUCUACACAGCACAUAAAAUGUUCCUUCAAAAAGACAAGUCCCUCAUCAAAAGACUCCUAAAAGGGAUCCAGAGGAAGAGGCCGUCUGAGGUGCAGAGCGCCAUCUUGAGGAGACAUCUGUUAGAACUCACCCAGAGCUUCAUCAUCCCACUGGAACGUUACCUGGCCAGCCUGAUGCCUCUGCAGAGGUCUGUGACUCCCUGGAAGACCCCUCCUCAGAUCCGUCCCUUCAGUCAGGAGGAGUUCAUGGGGACUCUGGAGCACGCUGGACCUCAGCUCACCUCUGUGCUUAAAGGGGAUUGGGUGGGCCUGUACAGGAAAUUCUUCAGGUCCCCCAACUUCGAUGGCUGGUAUCGCCUGCGACACAGGGAGAUGACCCAGAAACUAGAAUGUCUCCACCUAGAGGUUGUCUGUGAUGCUGACCUGCUGGGUUGGACCAAAGACAAGUCAGAGGUGGAGAUAGUGGACCUGGUUCUGAAACUGAGAGAGAAACUGAUGAAGGCUGGAAAGCAGCAGCUCCCGGUGAAAGAAGGGGUGCUGGAGAAACUAGAGGGAUACCUCCAGACUGUCAUCAGCUCUCUACCAGAGGACCUGCAGACUGUACUACACAGAUACUGACGCUAACACUGACGCACUUCUGAAUAUAUAUAUAUAUAUAUAUAUAUAUAUACACACUGACACUGAAUAGUGUUUUGUUUGAUGUCUUUUUAAUAACAAUCUGAAACUAAGAGUAUUGCUUUCACCCAAACCACUACCCCCUCUGAGUAAGAUAAUGGAAGAUUUAUAACUAGAAGUGUAGGUAAUAUAAGAAACGUAGCUGUUUCAUCAUGACAAUAACAUUAGGUCAAGGGGAAUAGAGAGUAGUUGAAAUGUAGGCUUCAUGAGAUUAUGCCUUCACUAAGUAUCGUGAUUGUUGCUAGAGGGAUUGAAGCAUAUACCUGGGAAGAGGGACAUGUGAGUAUAGACUUUUGCUCUAAUCCAGAUAUUUAGAUGUAACAUGCAUAGUUGUUAGCGUAAAAUAUAACUAGCAUAUGCACCUUUUACAUUUUUAUUUAUUUGUCAUUAAACCCAUAAAAGGGGUGAAUUACAUUUAAGUGACUACAUUUUGAGUCUUUCAUCAAUCUCAGUAUUUUAUAUUGAUCAAGCACAAACAAAUCACACUACAUUGAAACACCUCUAAAUAUCCAGGUUACGAAAGCUUAUAUUGCAGAUUUCAGUUUAGAUUUGUGUGUAUGUAUAAAAGUAUGUGGACACCCUUUCAAAUUAGUGGAUUUGGCUGUUUCAGCCACACUCAUUGCUGAUAGGUAUAUAAAACCGAGCACACAGCAAUGCAAUCUCCAUCGACAAACAUUGGCAUUAAAAUGGCCUGUACUGAAGAGCUCAGUGACUUUCAACGUGGCCCAAUCAUAGGAUGCCACCUUUCCAACAAGUUAGUUUGUCAAAUUUCUGCCAUGCUAGAGCUGCCCCAGUCAACUGUGCUGUUAUUGUGAAGUGGAAACGUCUAGGAGCAAUAACGGCUCAGCCGCAAAGUAGUAGGUCACACAAACUCAUAGAACGGGACCCCCCCCCCCCCCGAGUACUGAAUCGUGUAGAAAUCUGUCCUUUGUUGCAACCCUCACUACCGAGUUCCAAACUGCCUCCGGAAGCAACGCCAGCACAAGAACUGUUCAUCG